AUGAUGACCAAGAUGGCCGGCUUCCACGGCAUGUUCAUCGACAUGGAACACUCCACGCUAGACCUACACUCCGUCGGCCAGCUAAUCCUCGCCUGCAACUACGUGGGCAUCUCAGCGGUUGUGCGCGCGCCCUCAAAAUCGCACUGGCACAUAAGUCGCAUCCUAGACGCGGGCGCGGCGGCCGUCGUCAUUCCUCAUGUUGAAAAUGUGCAGGAAGUGAAGGAUCUCGUGCGCUGUGCGAAGUAUGCGCCGCUGGGUGCGCGGCAUUGCACGAAUAAUCAGCCUGUGUUGGAAUUUGCGACUGUUCCUAUUGCUGUGCAGAAUAGAAUUCUUAAUGUGGGGACUAUGUUGAUUCCUAUGAUUGAAACGCCUGGGGCUGUGGAGCUUGCGGAGGACAUAUUGGGGAUUGAGGGAGUUGAUGGGGUUCUUGUUAGGUCUAAUGAUCCUUGUGCUGAUCUUGGGAGUCCGGGACUGUAUGACGAUGAGAGGCAUUUGGAGUCUGUUGUUAGGGUUCUUGAGGCUGGGAGGAAGGUUGGGAAACCUUGUUGGUAUUGGGGUGGUGCUGAUGGGGCUAUUUUGCAGAGUGGUAUGAAGCAGAUCACCAAGAACUAUGCAGACGUUAGUCGGAAGUUGCAGAAGGUUAAGAACUAG